AUGGCCAAGGUCAAAGUUGGCGGCGUCGAUCAAGGACUUGAUCGGACCGUCGUGUUUUACAGGUGCGCCUCGGCUGUGCAGGACGUGGUGCAGAACUGGUGUAUGGGCGGGAACGACUCGGCGUCGAGGGUACUAGCGGCGCCGAAGCAGAACAGAGAGAUUCUAGGCGACUUUGGGAACGACAGCGUCUGGAACCUCUUCAACCAGAGCGCUAUCGCUCGCUUCCACGGGGACGCCCGCUUCGCCGUUGAAGUCCUCCGGCCCAUGGACUGCACUGUGGAGCAGACCGAUUUCUCAACAACCGUCAGCUGGACCUUUACGUAUAUCUGCAAAGACUCGUGGGAAGAGGCCUGCUGGCAGGUUACCCUACAGUCCGUGCCACCGGCCAGCGAGACUUGCUGGCCGGCGCUGAAGCUGCAGGAGGCCGGCGGCAUCAAGAUGGGCAAGAUUAACCAGCACGAGGCGAAGGAUGUCGAGUAUAUCGACUUCAACUCCUGCGUCACCUGCUUGCACAAGUCCAGCAGCACUCGUCGAGGCCGCAGCAACUAAUCCGCC